AUGUCCGAAGGCGCCCAUAGCAGGUUAGCGGUCCAGAUCAAGAUAGAACUGAAGGCAGUAGUCCACUGCAGUCUGGGGAUCACAUUAAGCAAGCAUCAGUCAACACACUGGACACUCGUGUUGACGCCACCAACCUCAUCACCAACACCAUCAACCUCAUUAUCAUCGACAUUCACCAACCUUAUCACCAACACCAUCAACCUCAUCGUCAUCAACACUCACACCAGACCUUGGUGUCAUCAUAAUCUACACAUUGAUAUUGAUCGUGCCGAGCUACCCCUGAACGGAGUGUCCACAGAGACCGACCUGUGUUUCAGGCGCGAGACCCCUGACACCCAGCUCAAUGACCCUCUCGAGGGCAUUGAUAUUGACACAACCCCAGCAAAGCCUGCAAGCUACACAAUAAGCAAACUAUGGCACAAACGAUUUGGCCACCCUGGCAGAAACAAGACUAAGCAAAUCCAGGCUCAUUACUUGGGAAAGGAUACACAGCUUGAGCACAAUGCAAGAGACUGCAACUGUUGCAGUCAAGCAAAACAAACACAUGCAAGAAUGGCAAGCAGCAAAAUGGAACAAGCACAGGAGCCACUAGAGUUGAUACACAUUGACUUAAUGACAGACUUACAAGGACAUCCAAACUAUCACCAUGCACUGGUAAUUGUUGAUGAUGCCUCAUCCUAUGUGUACAUGAAACCGCUCCUAAGCAUAGCAGAGGCAUUCCCCGCCCUAAAAGCAUGGACCAAAACAGCGGAGAUAGCAAUGGAUCACACAUUGAAGUGUAUCUGCAGUGAUAACAGAACGGAAUGGUCAAGCUUAGCAGCAGAGGAGUGGAAACGGGAGGCAGGGUUUAAGUGGCAGAAAACCACUCCAUAUGUCAGCAUACAGAAUGGGAGAGCAGAGCACACCAUCAGAUCACUCCAAGAGAAGAUGCAUGCAAUGCUUGUCCAAAGAUCGGUGCCAAAAGGACUAUGGCCCUACACCAUUAUGGCUGCCGGACAUGUACUUAACUUGACACCAUCAGCAAAUGCCAACAGAAUUCCAUACAAAGACUUUCAUUGCACAACAGCUCACAGCUUGGUAAAACAAUUGCAUGUCUUUGGCUGUCUCGUGUGGGUUCACCUCCCAAGGAAAGAUCAUGCAGGUAAGCAUGGUGUGAGAGCCAUACCAGGAAUCAUGAUCAGUUACAAUGAUGAGCACAAGGGAUGGAAAUUCUUCACUCCAGACCACACGCCAUCCAUCCAGUGGAGCAAUUCAGCUACAUUCCAUGAACAUAAAGGUUGGCAUGAUCGACCCAAAGUACAAAGCCCACUGCAGAUUGGGUUUGAGAGCCUCGAAGCAGAAAGUGCCAAGCCAGAGGCAAAUGAUCUCGAACCUGAACCAGAAAUUGAAGAGUUCGACACACAAGACUCACUCCCACAUGCACCCAUUGGACAACCGAUCGAUGACACUGAAGACAACCGAUUGGAGAUAGCAGUCAAAGACAUGAUCAGGGGAGCGAACACCACCACCCUAAAUCUCACACCAAUGAUGAAAGAGGCACUUGCCAGUGAAGAUGCACAGCAAUGGCAAGAAGCCAUAUGCAAGGAGUUGGAUGGACUGGAGGCCAUGGGAACUUGGGAGGUCAUGGACAUACUGCCAAACACCAGGCUCAUAGACUCCAAAAUUGUCUUACACCUCAAACUGGAUGCAGAUGGCAUACCCAUCCGACACAAAGCAAGAUUAGUCGCACGAGGUUUCACACAAUGA